CCGCCUUGACACGGCUUUCACGUUGCGCCCACCGACGCCUGACUUGGAUGCACUCCCCUCUAGCCCCUGCGCAAUGGCCUACUCGCCAGCCCGCUCCCGUUCCUCAUCUCCAUCUCCGUCCCCUUCGCCGCUUCCACCGACGCCGUCCUUUUCAUUCCCGGCUCCUUCGACUUCGGGCUGCCAACCUCCUCCCCCAUCGCCAAAUCCUGCACCUAGCACGCCACGCAGACACGUUCGCAAGAGGCGGUCAUCCCUUUCGCUCAAUGUCUCUUCAAUAAACGCGAGCCUGGGCCAGCUGAAGAGUCCCCAGAGGAGCGUGGACAUCGCGAUGCAGCGACAGAGGCAGCUGCUGGUUAGUAUGUCCCCCGGAAGGAGCAGGAGCGCUACGGUAGCCGAGGGUGCUAUGGGCAGAAUCAAGGAGGAAGGGAGUCCUAGCGGACGAGCUAGAGCGAGUACGCUGUUCGUCCCUGCGAGAGGAGCGAUGCCUGUUCUCAGGACUCGACGAAAGCUUCGUCUCCAGCUCGCCCCUGCUCUCCCUCCGCCGAACUCCCCUUUGCCACCCAUUCCCUCUCAGCAAGCCCCAGCAUCCUUGAAUCGUCAACCUUUCGCUCCGUCCUGUUCACCUAAUGCUCUACCUGUAGACUCGCCUGUGACACUGGACUCGAACUUUACAGACAAGUUGUUCAGCGCGAUGUCCAUGUCGCAGAGUCCGAUUGAGCAGGAGAGGGCGCAAUGGGACAUGGAGGCGGAGAAUGGAGACUGAUUGUCCUGGUCCCAGCCGCAAGUUGAGGUCUUGGAAGUCGCCACAAGGGACUUAUCAGCCGUUUCCAUUGCCUCCGGCCUUAAUGCAAGUCAAAAACGACGGAGGUAUGAAAAGUCAAAACCCGCCGGAACGACGAUCUACGAAGUCAAAAGUCAAGCUGUCCUGUAUCAUUUCACUGUGCUCUGCUAUCCCUCCGCUCAUGUCUCGCUCUCUUCAUGCGCCGAAUCUGCCCAUCUACGACUAUCUAUUCUGGCAUAUCCUUUCAGCAUUUCCCCGAUAUUUAUCCGAAGGUCCAGUAGCUCUUCCAUUACCACUUCCCCCCAUCCUGCUCUCUCUCUAUCUUGCUAUGCUCGCUAUCCCUGCACGUCGUUUGUUAUGCCAAGGUUCCUCGAAGCAGCCUUACCGCCCAUGUUCACCAUCAUGUACAGAGCUAGCCUCUAUAAUAUUCCGCGGCUGCUGUGCAGUUUGCCUCCAUCUGGUUCCUCUUCUCUCUGUGCUCAGGCCGCGAUGCGGACACGAUAAAC